AACCGCAUUUACGUGAGCAAACGCAUGCUCACGAUUCAAGACAUGAUCAAUCGCCGCGAUGGCCAUGUCUACGAUGCUCUACAAUGAAGACCCUGGAUUGAGGGAGUUGGAGAGGUCCCCGAAAGUCUCCGAGAUCCGUUCUAUCCUCCAUUCUCAAACCACCGAGCCCGACUCGCCGUCGCAUACAGACAAUCGUCAUCAACAAUCCUCUUGGAUCCGUCGAUUGAACCCUUUCUCAUCCACAUCCGACAACAUGAGCUUCCUCGAGGGAAAAGUCGAAGACAAGGUCGACCGCGCAGUCGCGCCUCUGCUUCCAAUCCCAGCUUUCGGCGACCUCAGCAAGGCUGCCAACGACCUCAUCAACAAGGACUUCUACCACACCAGCCAGGCGACCCUCGAUGUCAAGCUGAAGGCUCCAAACGGCACCAACGUCACUGUCAAGGGCAAGCAGGGCUUCGACGGCGUGACCAGCGGAUCCAUCGAGGGAAAGCACUCUCUUAAGCCACAGGGCGUGACCAUUACCCAGGCAUGGACUACCGCGUCUCUCCUCGACAGCAAGGUCGAGCUCCAAGAUGUUGUCGCUCCAGGCGUCAAGGUCGACGUUCAGAACCUCUGGAACCCGGCCAAGGAGGGCUCUGCCAACCAGAAGGUUAACCUUGCCUUCAAGAACCCCAAUGUUCACUCGCGUGCUUUCAUCAACUAUGCCACCGCCAAGGGCAACAUCGAUGCGACCGUCGACAUCACCGCAGGCCACGAGGGCUUCCUCGUCGGUGGUGAGGCUGGCUACGAUGUUCAGAAGGCUGCUGUUACCCGAUAUUCCCUCGGCGUCGGCUACCAGACUCCAACUUACGUUGCCAGCAUUGUUGGCACCCAGAACCUGACACUCAUCGCAGCUUCUUACUACCAGAAGGUCAACUCUGCCGUGGAGGUCGGUGCUCAGGCUGGAUACGAUGUCCAGAGCCAGAAGGCUAGCGGUCUUGAGCUCGCCAGCAAGUACAAGCUCGACCCAAUCUCGUUCGCCAAGGCCAAGAUCAACGACCGCGGUAUUGCUGCUCUUGCCUACAGCACCAAGCUCAACCCAGGCACCACUCUCGGCCUCGGCCUCUCGCUCGACACCAACAAGCUCAACGAGGCUGGCCACAAGAUUGGCACCUCGCUCACCUUUGAGGGUUAAAUGUACCACAUAUCCGGAGGGCUGUUUGAAAUAUGCGAUGAGGUAGCGGAAUAGAAGAUUGAGGUCACACUUCACUCUGUUGUUGCUCGCGAUGUGCGACGGCGCCUAGCUUUCGCCAUACCCAGCUGGGCGAAUCGUACUUUGUAUAAAAGCCUUCUGUUGCGCC